AUGAUCAUGAGCGGAGAAAAAUGUAGCAGUGAGGCGAGGUCUCCAUUACAUAUCCAAGCAUCGUCCUCUACCUUUGGAAAAGCUGCUCAUGUUGGAGCUUCCUUACGUGCAGACCGAAAUCGCGAGGAGGAACAUGUUAGACGGAGAAAGAUAGGAGAAGAAAAUACUUGGAGGGGCAGGGCAAAAUCGCUGGAAUUUGACAUGGAUGAGGUGAUUGUGACGGGGCAGUUUGUAGGGAAUACCAUAUCCUCGGAAACUAAUGGAUAUGCUGAAAAUGGAAAAUCAGGGGAAGAAGAGGAAUCGACUGAAAGUCGGAGGAGGAACCUCUUUGGGGAUAUUUUACGAAAUAAUGUCCGUCGAGAUUUUCUUCUUUUUGGAUCGAAAUUUCCUGAUAGUACUCAAACAAAUCGCUUUGUUGAGGAAAGCGAAUGUAAAAAUUUGGAAGUAGUAGAGGACAACAGCAAUAAGCUUCAUCAACAUCCAAAAAGACAAGUGCCGGUGGAGUCUGCGCGCACAGGAUACAUCAAAGAAACCCACUCUCAUGGACAAAAAUCAGAUGAAGGCAAGCAUUCACCCCCUGCCAAGCACAACGGUAUCACGCGACAGAAAGACCCCAGCAGAUUAGGACAUUCCAGAGAAACUCCAGUGAGUUUGAGACGCAAAUCCGAAGAGCCAAAAGAUGGGCUGCCAGAACUAAUGAAAGUAUUCCACAGACGAUCUCUGAAGAACGGGGAUGAUACAGCCCAUUUCCAUCAAAAGAUUUAUCAGAUGAGUCGGAGUCAAACAGAACCUAUGAAUCUCGCUCUGGACGGUACGGCUGCCCCUAUCCAUAAAGCACGUGCAAAUUCCUCAUCUCUAUCUGCAGCUAUAACGAUCCCUGUUAAAGGAGCCAUGCCAGCUUCCUAG